AUGUUUUCGCUAUUCUGGAAAAUUCCGGACACAGCGCAAGUCGACGCGGUUUUUUCGGAAGCGUAUGCCUCGAUCGAACAGGGAUUAUGCUACGACGAAGUCAGCGAUUGGGUAGGAAUUGAAAAGUCGAAAGAUUUGAAUUGUUUUGUAAAUUCUCUACAGGAAAACACGUUGUCAAUGUACGAAAAGGGCGUGAACCUGAUCAAGGUGGGCGAGAAAAUGAGGAACGCAAAAAAGAGCGAAAUGUGGAAAAUGCUGCAGGAGGCGAAAAAUAGUGUUGAGCACAGGUGACUCUUUUAACGCGAAUUCACAAAAAAUCAGCCGCCGAUUUGAUUAUCAGCGGGAAAUUCAAAAUUUAGAUCACAAAUUGAGAAUGUGGAGAAAUUCCUUGAAUUUUAGCACAUUUUCAGACUAAGGGAAAUUUGUUCAGAAAUUAGUUUUGGACAGAAAAUACUGAAAUUUCGGUCAUUUUUCGUUCAUAUUCAGUAGAACAGUUGCAAAAUGCGAUUUAUUCAAAAGUACCGGUGUUACAAUAUUUCCCUCAUUUUUUCGUUAAUUUUUGUUUGUUUAGAGUAAAAGUGCUCAAAUCGGAAGGCCCGAAGCCGCCGACGCCGGAAAAGAUCAAAGAAGCCGAGGAGAGCGUGGAGAACGAGGUUUUUAGCUAAAAAAAAAUUUGCAAAAACCCCGAAAUUUCGCAGAAAGAAGCGAUUCGAAUGCAAUUGGACUCGUACGGAAGUCAGGACGCCGAGCUGAUCUACUUUCUGCCCGAAGGCGUCCAACUUUUUACGAUUGACGGCGAAAAGACGACCGCUCCGACCGCACCGACUUCCCUUCAAAUUCUUCGUUUUCCGGACGCGGAAGACCGCGCGGAAACACGCGCGUUCGUGCAAGUCGGUCCGUGGGCGUACCCUUUGAUGGGCGCCAAGACCCCGGUGCUCCGUAACGAAUUCGGCGCCUAUCUGGUCGCAAAUCCGACGCCCGAAAACCCGAGUAAUUUUGGAAAUGGCCGUACUUUGCAAAGAGUAGCACUUUGCAGAUUUGAUGGUCGCCAUUCUGCUCUCCGCGGACAUCGAACCCCAUCUCAUCGACGAACUGCACACCGUCCUCCGCGAGUUUGCAGAUUUCAAAGAGCAAAAGGAGCCGGAGCAGCAGCUGAGCAACGAGGAGAAACAACGAAUCAGCACGAAGAUUUCCAAGUUUUUAGUGACAAGUACCUAUAAAAUUGAAUAAUUUUUGCCAUUUGUGUCUUUUAGGCGGUCAAAAAAUCGCGUGGGGAGUGGAGACGACGACUGUGAAAGCCGUGUCGAGGGUCGAAGAUUCCGGAGAACAGUACCGAGAGGGACUGUCGGCCACCGACAAACCGAUGAGUGUGAACCCGCUCGUCAAGGGAUCCGUCGUUUACAUGCACAAAGGAACGAAGACCAUCGCCAAGUGCACCAGAUAUUUGUGUCAGUUCUAGAACAAAUUACAAGAGUUACCGAAAACUGCGGAUUUUCGAGAAAUUAAUCGGAAAAUUAGUUUUACUCGUCAACAACCACGCUCUUAAAACGUUGUUUAUUACAAUUUGUCGCAAAAUUUCUGCCAAAACCGAUUGUCCGAAAGUUUUGUUUCAGUAGACAAAAUCGGAGAUAUGGGCGUGUCGAUGGGCCGGAAACUGGCGGACAGUGCUCAAAAACGGUUCGGCGACGGAAAAACGGGCGGUCUCGUUUCGGGAACCAUCGGUAACACUCUCUUUCCGGCCGAAAUUCCAAAAAAAAAAUAUUUUCAGAAAUAAUGGGCGGCGGAAUCGCGGGAAUCUCGACGGUCUGGAUGAGUUUGGAGGACGGAUCGCGCGCACUUUGCCGUAGUAUCGCCAAUCAAACUGUGCAAAAUGUGAAGAUUAAGUACGGCGACGAAGCGUCGGAUGCCACGCAUCACGCGCUUUUCGCCGCCGGACACGGAACCCUCGCCGCCGCACAAUUAUGGGAUUUGGGCCCGAGAAGUGUUGCCGGAAGAAUGGCGCGGAAGGCCGGAAUUCAAAUGGUCACCGAUCUGCACGGAUCUAGCCGCCGAAGCUUCCAGAUGGGCGGCGCAGAGCCUUUGGAGCUGAAGAAGGCACUUUGA